AUGGAGAACGAUGGUGCUGAAAGGGACAGCUCCGGUGUGGGUGUCCGCGCGCUGACGGGCUGCGCUCUCUGCGCGCUCAUCCUCUCCACGCUGCUGGGGAACACGCUCGUGUGCGCCGCCGUCAUCAAAUUCAGACACCUCCGAUCCAAAGUCACCAAUUUCUUCGUCAUAUCCCUAGCAGUCUCGGAUCUCUUCGUGGCUGUUCUGGUCAUGCCGUGGAAAGCCGUCUCUGAGGUGGCCGGCUGCUGGCUCUUCGGGAGCUUUUGUGACACUUGGAUAGCUUUUGAUAUCAUGUGCUCAACGGCGUCUAUCCUCAACCUGUGCAUCAUCAGUUUGGACAGAUACUGGGCCAUCUCAAGCCCGUUCCGUUACGAGCGUAAAAUGACCCAGAGGAUGGCGUUUAUAAUGAUCGGGAUGGCGUGGACACUUUCCGUGCUGAUCUCUUUCAUUCCGGUCAGACUGAACUGGCACAGGGCUGAGGAUCACAGCGCGCCCUUGAACCUCACCGUGAGCUCGGAGGACUGCACUGCGACUUUAAACAGGACGUAUGCUAUUGCAUCUUCACUUAUAAGCUUUUACAUCCCUGUUAUAAUCAUGAUAGGAACAUAUACGCGGAUCUACCGGAUCGCGCAAACGCAGAUCCGGAGGAUCUCCACUUUGGAGAGGGCGGCUGGCCACAUGCACGAAACAUGCUCGAGCGAGCAGUCGCUGAAAACCACGUUUAAGAAAGAAACCAAGGUGUUAAAAACGCUUUCUAUCAUCAUGGGGGUGUUCGUGUUCUGCUGGCUGCCAUUUUUCGUCCUCAACUGCAUCGUGCCGUUCUGUGACCUGGACACUCUUGGAGACUCUUUGUGCGUGAGCAGCAGCACUUUUGACAUCUUCGUCUGGUUCGGAUGGGCCAAUUCAUCGCUCAACCCGGUCAUCUACGCAUUCAACGCUGAUUUCCGCAAAGCCUUCACCACUAUUCUGGGUUGCAACCGACUCUGCGCAUCUUCUGCGGUGGAGACGGUGAACUUUUCCAACGAGCUGGUGUCCUACCAUCACGACACCACUCUGCUCCACAAGGACGCGCAGGGCGCUUCCGACACCCAGUGCCUGGUUCUGGUCCCCGGUCACGGGGAGCACGUGGACUUACCCUUUGACAAGGUCUCGGUCGUGUCUGAUUCGUCUCGUAUCCAGCGGAGCGCGCUGCUUCCGGCCUUACAGCAGCAGGAGGGAGAGAUGGAGAUCUCCCUGGACAUGAUGCCCUUCACCUCCACAACACUGAGCGACUGCUGUGGGAUCCCAGGUCAAAUUGAAGAGUGUUGA